AUGAAACACCCUUCCUGACAGUGGCUCAUGUUUCAGGGAAUUUCAUGAGCACUAUAAGGGAGGUGUUUAGGCCUGACACUAAACGCGGCUGAACUGGAUGACUCACAGCCGCACACCUGCAUGGCGAUUGACCCUCGCACGCCAAGUUGCAGCAACGGAAAAGCUCUGACCCCUGAGGUUCUCCACAGGAAGCACAUUUUCCAGAAGAAAUUUUGCGCGACAGUUGUCCGCAGCCAUCAAACGCGGCGGGGCGCCUCUCCGUGCGAGGCCGGCACACGGCGGUCAGGCUUCGGCCGCAGGUGCAUCGCUGAGGCGGGGGCGACGCGGACGUCCGGCAGGUGUUGCAGAGGCAUGGACUGUAACUGCGUCAGCGAUCUACUGCUACCUCCAGUGCCCGCACUCUGGACGCCAGGGUUCGCCUUCCCUGACUGGGCCUACAAGCCGGAGUCGAGUCCGGGAUCGCGGCAGAUCCAGCUGUGGCACUUCAUCUUGGAGCUGCUGCAGAAGGAAGAGUACCAGGGUGUGAUCGCAUGGCAGGGCGACUACGGCGAGUUCGUCAUCAAGGACCCAGAUGAGGUGGCUCGACUGUGGGGGAUCAGGAAGUGCAAACCUCACAUGAACUACGACAAGCUGAGUAGAGCACUAAGGUAUUACUACAAUAAGCGUAUUUUGCACAAAACCAAAGGGAAGCGCUUCACAUACAAGUUCAACUUCAGCAAGGUGGUGCUGGUCAACUAUCCCAUCCUGGACAUGGCCAACUCACCCUUCUUCCUGGCCCAGAACCACUUCAACGGAGGCUCCACCGCACCCGACUGCACCCCAGAGACCAUACAGUCCCUGUUUCCUCGCUUACCAGACUCGGGCCGAACCUCCUCCCUUUUUGAUCGAGGGAGCACAGCGCCAGGGCCAGAAGGAGACAAGCUCCGACUGGACACAUUUCCUUUCCUGAGUUCAGGUGGCCCCUGCUACACCAAACCUCCAUCCCUCCUGGGAGCGUACCCCCGCAGCCCACCCUUCGACUACCCGUGGGGCUUCAACCCCUACCUCCCAGGGGCCUUCUCCCUCAACAAUUGCCCCAAACUCCCACCCGGUUCCCUCUACCCCUCCCAGUUCUAUCCCAGCCCCUUGCCCGGCAGCCUCUCUCAGCUGUCCCACCCGUUCUCCACUCUGCUGCCGCACGGGGAGGCCGAGAGGGGAGGAGCCGACGGUACCAACGGGGCGCCGGGGGGGCAACCCGGCCGACCGAGCGCGCCGUCCUAUCCGGGGAGUCUGUCGCUGGGCCUGGGCAACUCCCUGGUGGGCGGGGAGCGUCCCCGGGCCACGCCUCCGAUCCUGGGCCCUGGGCGCCAGAGCCCCACGGAGAGGCGGGGAAGCGUCAAGCGGGACGCCGAGUCAGACUCUGAUUUGGAAAUCACCGACCUGAGUGACUGCAGCUCGGACAACGAGCACGAUUUUGCCACAGUUAAGGACGCCACCCCGAGGGGGAAGAAGGCGGCCCCGCUGCCUAUCCCCCUGCCACCCGUUUCUUCCCUGCCGCCGCCCGUGUCCACCCAUCCUCUGAAGGGCCUGAUGCCCCUCACCCCGCCGCCGCCGCUUCCUUCCAUGUUGCAUGAGCAACACCGGGAGACGGACACCGUCAAAAUGAUCCACAGCUAAUACUUCUUCUUCUUCUUGCUCUGCUUUUCUCCCCUUUUUGUCCGCAUCUUUCCCAACACUGGCCACCAGCCUUUUCUCCUGAAUUGUUUCAGCGUACCACUUACUUCCCUCUUCCUAGAAGAAGCCUCCAUUUGUGGCCACUUGCGUCCUGAAAUCUCCAUGAAUGGCCUCCGCUUCUGUUUCCUGUGCUCAAACAAAGUUUAACAAAGACGCGGGCCAAUACUGCCACCCGAUGGCGGGUUCACUGUGCAUCGGUCAAAAGUCAAUUUCCUAAUCUUAUGCUUCAAAUUGUUGCUCACCACUGACUCCAAUUAUUUUAUUUUAUUUUAUUAACCUUUAUUUGAUUGGCAUUUAAAGCACAUUUAUAGUAGUGUGAAAAUAGACAUAUAAUUGUAGACUUUAUUGUCUUAAUUUAUUUGAAUUCAAACAGCAUAUUUAAUGGGGAAAAGUUGUGGGGGAAAAUAUGAUUUUUCAUUAAAGUUAUUUAUGUAUUUAUCUGUUUAUUUAUUUGUUAGUUUGUUUGUUUGUUCGUGCGUUAAUUUAUUGCCUCUGAAUGCUCUUCUCUUGAUUAAUUCAAACCACAUUUCUGGUGGUUACACAAACAUAUUUUGUCUUGGAUUUUUUUUGUUCCAUCCAUCCAUUUUCUAAGCUGCUUAUCCUCACAAAGGUAAUAUUUAAGUUCUUUUAUGCGAUUGACUGGCGACCAGUUCAGGGUGUACCCCGCCUCUUGCCCAAAGAUAGCUUGGGAUAGUUAGCACGCCUGUGACCUGAGUGAGCAGAAGCGAAACAGAAGAUGAAUAUGUAUUCAUUCAAUUUUAAUUUUGGUGAACUUAAAUCACAACCCGUGGUGUAAACAACACCUAUUUUUCUCAGUAUGAAAUUGUCAGUUUAUUUUCAGUAAAUAAUGCAAACCACGUAACUAGUGAUGUGAAAUGAAUGUCUUUUAUUUUGUUGUUUCUUGAUUUACUUCACUUUAAUUCAAACUACAUUUCUCGUGAUUUUUUUUUAAAUAUCGCAUUAUUCCAGUAUAUUAUUUUAUAUGAACCCACAUUUUUCAUAGUGUGACAAUAUUUGUAUUUUUAUUAUUGCACAUUCUGUGGUAGAAAAAAAAAGGGAAGAAAGGAAGAGCAGACAUUUGAAAUUUGUAUAAAUACUCACGUGUGUAUAUGUUUUAAUAUGGUGUACAUUUAAUUACCACUUAUGACGAGAGCGAGGCGUAUCGUGGUGAUUUAAUUCUGUAUUUGAUUCAACAUGGGGGGCAUAAAGUUACAAGCUUAUGUGUAUCAAAGCUUUCAAUAAUUCAUGAGCAGAUGUUUGUCUAAGAUGAGCUAAUUGGGAUGGGGUCUGAUUUAUUUAAUUGUGCCCUUUGGUCCCCCCCCCCCCUCAAAAAAAAAAAAAAGUCCACUGCAAAUCCUUUGGGGUGCACAAAAUAUGCUGGUAUCUUUUUUUUUUUAAGGUAUUCAUCCAAU